AGUGGUGCCGAAGGAGCGUUCAUUUGGAUGUUGGCGUUGGGAAAUUUUUCACCGAAAGGGUAGCGAAGCGUUGGGACAGGCUGCCCAGGGAAGGGUUUGAUUUGCCAGCCUUCAGAGUAUUCCAGAAACUCGUGUGUGGUAAAAUUCACAACACUGCAGGUUUAUGUCCAAAAGGGAGACAUAACACUUAUUCAAACGUUAUUUUAAUAAAGGAAGAGGUCAUGGGGUCUCUCAAAUUGUUGGAGGAUGCAGACCCCUCUUUACCAGACACAUUUCUCAGACACAUCACCCUCUUUCUUCCUCCACUGGCUGAGGUGAAAAUGCUAAGCAGAGUCUGACCUGAGACUGAAGAAACACCUGUAUCCAGGCAGUGAUAAAAUUGCUGGGAGGGUGAAUGCAUUAGUCACUGUUCCGGUGAACUACAGGGAUGGCUGUUGUCAGCAAUGAGCUCCUCACCUUGGAUUAAUUGCAGUUUCCAAGGAGGCUGGCAGUUCUGCCCAUUUCCAUAGGAAAGGAAAUACCAAAGAGUACACUCAAAGGAGACCCUUUCCAGGAAUUUAGGAUUUGCUAUACCUAUCAGGUCAGAUAUCCUGUUCCUAGCAGCUGUCAGGACACGAUGCUUCAAAGGAAGUUGGAUGAGUUUGCAUAGCCAAAGCAUGACUAACUAAAGAUGGAGAGAACUGAGGUAAGCAUCUCUCUGCAGUGCAGGACUCAGUUUUCUGCCCGUAGGAGGAGAUCUGAUUACCCCUGGCUUAGUAAGUAAAUUGUAUAGCUGUAAUGUUAGUAGCAAUCAUAUUCAGGCUUCUACAGCUUUGCCAGGUCAUUACAUUGCCCCUUUCAGAUACCUGUUCAGCAUCUGCUAUGUUUUGCAAAGAUUUUACAACCAAUAUAGGGUAUAGGUCAAUGGGGAGAUACAAUGUAAGUUUCUGUGACCAGUUAUGUGAUUAUUCUGCAGUAUAUUUCCUGCUGGGUCCUGAUUUUUGAAACAGAUGGAAAGUGGGCAGAGAGCUGAAAGCCUGAAGACCACUCAGCUUCAGCUGCUUUCCUGCCCACAAAAUUACAAGGUCAGGCCUUCCAUAACACUUCUGAAAAGUGCCAUAUGCUAGAGAUACCACCAGUCCUUUUAAGUGUCUAUUGACUUCAAAGGCCAGACAUCUUAAAUUACCCUUCACCAAGUGUGCUACUGAGGCUUCGCAACACCAAGUAUUUUAUUCCAUGCAUUCUUGCAAUGUGCCUCAUCUUUUGAAAGCUUACAGCAUUAACUAAAUUUGUCAUCCAGAGCAAAUGGACCUAAGGUUUUCUAAAUUAUCUGAAAAUUAGGAAUUUGCUUACUUCUCAUCUGCCUUCCCCUCCUCCGUGGGAAUCAUAAGUCAUGUGGUGUUGUGCCCCUAGUACUGCUUCCUUGCUUCUAGGAAUGGGUUGACUUGAAAGUAGGUUGAUAAUUUAGUCCCACUUAUCUUUAAUUAUCUCUGCAGAAAAAUGACCCUUGAAAAUGUUGAGUAGGCAAAUAUAACAGAGAAAUAAUAACAUAUUUCAUAUACCUUCCUCAACUUGUAUAUGUUUUUUCUGAAGUGUUAGGUCCAGUAAAAUGAGAAUAUUUAUUUUAAAUUUUGUUGUGGAAAGGUAGGAAAUUAAAGAGGCUCUAUUAUUCCAAAUAGUUUCAUUUUAAAACAGAACAUUCCUUCUCCAAAUCUCUUGAGGUAUCAUACAUAUCCCUUAGCAACAGAAAAUCAAUAGAUAUAAAGGUUCCAGUUCAGUUUCCCUUGGAUGUCAUCAAGUACAUUCAAAUAUUGAAUGAUAGAUAGGCUAAUUUACACAUCUGCCAAACUGGCAUUAGCAUUUUACUAACUCCCUGCAGUGUCAUGAGGUUUAAUUAAUGGUUGUAAAGCACUCCUCUGAAUGAAAGGUAUGACUUUUUACAUUUGAGAUUAUGUAGAUCCAUAAGUUUCUGCUGUAUUUGUAACAGCUGUCUAGAAGACUAAUGGCUUUGCAGAUUUACUGCUGUACUCUGCUGCUUUCUGCUAGCCUGCAUAUUUUGCAAGUUUAGUACGGGUAGUAACUUUCAGAGAUUAAGACCAAUUAUAAGUUUGUUUACAGCUGAAAGACAUAUCUUAAUUGUUCGAGGCAAUUUCCUUGCGUUCUAGUACCUGUGACUUACACCGUGUCAAAUGAAUAUAAAGUGCACCACAUUAUUCAGAAGAAUGGUGAUUUUCAAGUAGCUGGGGAAAAAAAUAUCAAUUUAUGCAGCCUUAUUGAAACAACCCAGUGAAUAAGUGACACCUUGUCUGACUGCAGCAUCACUAGGGUGGCUGCAGGAGCAAGGUAACAUGCACUGACAUCUCUACAAAUAGGUUUAAGAUGAGUACAGUGACAAUUCAAAAUGUUUGUGUAGUUCUUAUCUGAAGGCUCUCUCUCAGUUUCUGCUUUAGCUCAAUGUGGUCUUGCAUGUCACCCCCUUGAGACUGUACCAGUCCUAAUUAAAGUUCAUGAUGGGACCAUUUUACUGAGGUAAGGUACAAAGGACUUUUUUUUUUAACUCCUUUUCCUCUGCUCUACUCUAUCAGUGUGUCUCUUGCUAAUUUGGUGUAACUGCCCAUUGUGGUGGUGGGAAAGAGAUGAGAGUGAAUGCAUGCCCUUAACUUGAGCAGCAAAGAUCUGCAGCCUCAUUCACUGAUUUUGGCCUUUGCCUUUUGGAGUGCUCCACAUCGCUCAGUAUUGUUGACUUGGUCCAAAAACAUUAUAAAUUUUUUCUAUCAGUGGUUUGAAAAGGAAAGAGAGACAAAUAGAGCACAUGGUUGCCUUGGUCACCCUGAAAGUGUCCUACUCCCACCUCCCAUGGAGCUGCUGUAUCCUGUAUUCCUGAAAGCAGGAAAACUCCCCAGCACUGCAGCUGAGCCCCAAAUAUGCCCACUGCAAUGCUGCAUGCCUUAUGCCAAAUGGACUCAGAGGUCUCCUGAGGCUGACACAGCUGUCAGAGCUUGACAGAAUGAGUAAAAACCAGAUAGGUUUUUUUAGUAUUAUCCCAUAAUUCUGUCAAAUAUAUCAAUAUUAGAUACAGAUCGAGGCAGGGUAUCCUAGGCCUAUAUAACUAACGAUUGAGUUAUUUUACUUACAGAAUGAUGUGGCUUUUGACUACGUCAAGUAGAGUGAAUCACCCAAAGUGGCAUUAUGGACUCUUUAUUGUUAUAUUGAUCCUAAAUAUUGGGGGCUGCCAACAACAACAGUUUUAAUUAUUUUUAUUUGUAUUGGCAGUGUAAAGACUAGGAAUACAGAAGCACAUAUGUGUAAAGUGUUUGGGUUUCUUCCUUGUCUUUCCUUAGGAUAACCAAUUUAGAUUCAAUUGUUCGUAGAACCCAGCAAUUCUCUGGCAUGUAUAACCAGACAUAACCCUGAAUCAAUCCAGCUGUUGACAUGUAUUUUCAUAAUUCCUUUAUUGCCUUUCUAAGACAUGCCUGGUGUUUGAAAUGCACUUUUUUUAACCAGCACCUCUUGUCUGAAGAGCUAGAAAGCAGCCCUGCAAAUAAUUAUCACCUCUGCAUCAGUGUUGGAGCAGGAAGCAAUGCUGUACCAGUGCUAGUGAAUGACUGAAAAGUAUAAAAUGGUCUUUGGAACUUCAAUUACUGAACAAUUACUCAAACCGCAGCAGUUUCACUGAUGAAGUAAGAGACCAAUUUGCAAGCAAAUGGCCUGGGAACAAAUGCAAGAGAGUUAUAUCACACAAAAUCAGUCCAGUUCUUCUAUGCAGUCCCUGUUUUGCACAACACUAUCUGCCUGUAUCAGAAUGCAGGACAAGCUGCAGACAGCCUCUGUUCCUUGAGCAGAUGUUGACGAGUGCGCAGAAGCUACGGAUGACUGUCACAUCGACGCAAUUUGUCAAAACACACCAAAAUCCUACAAAUGCAUCUGCAAGCCAGGCUACAAAGGGGAAGGGAAGCAGUGUGAAGAUAUUGAUGAGUGUGAAAACGACUUCUACAAUGGGGGUUGUGUCCACGAGUGUAUCAACAUUCCAGGCAACUACAGGUGUACGUGCUAUGAUGGAUUCAUGUUAGCCCACGAUGGCCACAACUGUCUUGAUGUUGAUGAAUGUCUGGAUAACAAUGGAGGGUGCCAGCAGAUUUGUGUAAAUACCAUGGGCAGCUACGAAUGUCAGUGCAAAGAGGGCUUUUUUCUGAGUGAUAACCAGCACACCUGCAUUCAUCGCUCCAUUGAGGGUAUGAACUGUAUGAACAAAGAUCAUGGGUGUGCACACAUCUGCCGGGAGACACCCAAAGGUGGGGUUGCCUGUGAAUGUAGACCUGGCUUUGAACUUGCCAAAAACCAGAAGGACUGCAAAUUAACCUGUAACUAUGGGAAUGGAGGCUGCCAACACACCUGUGAUGAUACAGAUACUGGCCCUGUGUGUGGCUGUCAUCAGAAGUAUGCCCUGCACUCAGAUGGCCGAACCUGCAUUGAGAAGGAUGAGGCUGCAAUUGAGAGUUCUGAGUACAAUGCCACGUCAGUAGCUGAUGUGGACAAGCGGGUGAAACGGCGGCUACUUAUGGAAACAUGUGCUGUCAAUAACGGAGGCUGUGAUCGGACUUGCAAGGAUACCGCGACAGGGGUACGCUGCAGUUGCCCAGUUGGAUUUACCCUGCAGCCUGAUGGGAAAACGUGCAAAGAUAUUGAUGAGUGUUUGGUAAACAAUGGUGGCUGUGACCAUUUCUGCCGAAACACGGUUGGCAGCUUUGAGUGCAGCUGCCAGAAAGGCUAUAAACUGCUCACAGAUGAAAGGACCUGCCAAGAUAUAGAUGAGUGCUCCUUUGAACGGACCUGUGACCACACCUGUAUUAACUACCCUGGAAGCUUUGAGUGUCUCUGCAACAAAGGCUACACCUUGUAUGGACUGACACAUUGUGGAGAUAUUGAUGAAUGCAGCAUCAGCAAUGGUAGCUGUGACUUCGGGUGUCUUAAUACCAUGGGGAGCUAUGAGUGUGUCUGCCCACCUGGGAAGAAACUGCACUGGAAUAAAAAGGACUGUGUUGAUAUGCUGAAAUGUCUCCCAAAUGCCAAACCAGCUCCCAAGGCUCAGCUAGUAUGCAGUAAGACAGGAGGCAUAGAGAGCUGCUUCCUGUCAUGCCCAUCCAAUACUCUUUUUGUUCCAGACUCAGAGAACAGCUACACGCUGAGCUGUGGCGUCCCCAUGCAGCACAGCAAGGUGCAGCCCAGGCGCAACUCCACACUGCCCAGCUGCUCAGAUUCCCUAGCCCCUCCAAUUAAGCAGAAAGCUCGUUUUAAAAUCAAAGAUGCAAAAUGUCAUUUACGGCCUCGCAGCAAAGAAAAACCAAAAGAUUCUGGGAAGCAGGCUGUUUCAGCAGGUCAGUUCUCCUGUACAGACAACUGCCAGGUGACCUUUGUGAACUUCAAGUGUGAUUCCUCCAAGAAAAAACGCCGAGGUCGCAAGUCACCAUCAAAAGAAGUGUCCCAUAUCACUGCAGAGUUUGAAGUGGAGAUGAAGUCUGAAGAAGUCUCAGACACCUGUAACAUUGACUGUGUUCGGAAAAGGAUGGAGCAGAAGCUGCAAACUGCAAUCAAAACAUUGAGGAAAUCUAUUAAUAAACAGCAAUUUUACAUUCAGUUUUCUGGGACAGAAUAUGAAGUGGCUCAGAAGCCAGCUAAAGCUACUGAAGGGCAUGAAGCGUGCAGUACAGGGCAAGUACUGCAGGAUGGAAAAUGUGUUACCUGCAGCACGGGCACCUUCUAUAGCGGAGAACACAACCAGUGUGUCCCAUGCUUGCCAGGAACCUACCAGGACACAGAAGGCCAACUCACCUGUGAGCCUUGCCCCAGCAACGAUGGCCAGGGAGUAGCAGGUGCCCGGAAUGUCUCAGAAUGUGGAGGGCAGUGUUCUCCUGGGCACUAUUCUUCAGAUGGUUUUAAACCUUGUACAGUCUGUCCUCUUGGUACCUAUCAGCCUGAACCAGGAAGGACCCUCUGCUUUCCCUGUGGCGGUGGGCUUGUGACCAAAUAUGAAGGUGCUGUUUCCUUUCAAGACUGUGAAACCAAAGUUCACUGUUCUCCUGGACACUACUACAACUCCACAACACACAGAUGUAUCCGGUGCCCUGUGGGAACAUACCAGCCUGAGUUUGGUCAGAACUACUGCAUCACCUGCCCUGGCAACACCAGUACAGAUUUUGAUGGCUCCACCAAUGUCACACAUUGCAAAAACCAGCACUGUGGAGGAGAACUAGGGGACUACACUGGCUACAUUGAAUCACCCAACUAUCCUGGAGACUACCCAGCUAAUGUGGAAUGUAUUUGGAAUAUAAAUCCACCCCCAAAGAGAAGAAUACUCAUCGUAGUACCUGAGAUAUUUCUCCCAAUUGAAGAUGAAUGUGGCGAUGUUUUAGUAAUGAGAAAAAGUGCUUCUCCUACUUCAAUUACUACUUAUGAAACCUGUCAGACCUAUGAGAGACCUAUUGCAUUUACCUCAAGAUCAAGGAAACUCUGGAUUCAGUUCAAGUCAAAUGAAGGAAACAGCGGCAAAGGAUUUCAGGUCCCCUAUGUGACUUACGAUGAGGAUUAUCAACAACUAAUAGAAGACAUUGUUCGAGAUGGCAGAUUAUAUGCAUCAGAAAACCAUCAAGAAAUUCUAAAGGACAAGAAACUGAUUAAAGCUCUCUUUGAUGUACUGGCACACCCUCAAAACUAUUUCAAGUACACAGCACAAGAGUCAAAAGAAAUGUUUCCAAGAUCGUUUAUAAAGCUACUGCGAUCAAAAGUUUCCAGGUUUCUACGACCAUACAAAUAGUCUAGUGGUAUUCAAUUUUUGGUUACUUUGCAUUUCUGUCAAUUAUUGUCUUUCCUCCAUAGUAGAAACAUUUGCUAAUUUGAAAGCUCUUUUUUGCAGAAUUUGUUCACAAUUGUUAACAAAGAACACCUAUAAUGUUUUGUAAUUGUUAAAAGUCAAUGUUCUGAAUGGGAUUCUUACUACAAAAAAAAAAUUAUGCAUCUCUUAAGUACUUCUAGUUGUAGAUCCAAAUUUGUGUCUGCACUAAUGUAUCCUCACUUUUCAUCUGAAAUCUCCCUAUGUAAAAAUAUUCUUUCUAGCUUUUUAUUUUUCAUCAACAAUAACUUUUCUCAAAAAAGGAGGAAUCUAUUCAAAUAUUAAACUACCUGCAGAUAAGUUCUGUUAUAGAAAGAAGUAUGUAGUAGAAAUAAUACUUGGAUUUUGAAUUGCACUUGAAGUUUAUAUUUGAAUCCUUAGAAGAAAACAAAACAAUCUCAAUUUUGUUAUUUCCCAUUUGUGGCUUGGUGGAACCUCUGUCCAAGUAGAAAUCAAAAAGGAAAAAAAAAGAAGGAAAAAAAAGUAUAAUUUUAUUUUAUUAAUUACAUGAGAUUCAGUCCCAUGCCUAAUGUCCUAAUGUUUUUAUCUGUCCUCUUCCAAACUUCUUCAGAGGUCUGCCACUGUCAAUUACUUAAUUGAAACAGAUUUAGCUCUGAAUUUCCAUGCAUCAGUCGGUCCCUUUAAAGACAUUUACAAUAGGAAAUGUGAGAAAUGAGCAACAACACUAGUCAUCUUGGUUUUCUUUCCAUUAAGAGAGCAUCUAAUUAAGUACAAUAUAUAAAUAUAUAAAUAUCUACUUCUAUUUGUGGGUACAUUAGUAAUGUUAUCUCUAGUUACUGUAAAUAUUAUUCUUGCUUAAAUCUUUACUCCCAUGCACCCUGUUUACUCAUAUCUAUAUGUAACUUUGGGUAGACAAAUUACUUCUCCAAGUGCUUGUCCCUUCUAUUAACACCAACUGAAGCCUUCUAAGGUUUUAUAAUACUGGAUAAUGGUUUACUCUGGGACAAUCUCUUUCAAUAUGUAUUAUUCCAGGAAAAAUAGCAUCAGUGGAGAUGCAACUGCUGCCCAGUAAAGGGUCAGCUGUUGCCUCUCCCUUUCGCUGUGGAACCCCCCACACGCAGACCAACAGAGUCACCCUCAGGACAACACACAUGGGAGGAACUGCUGCUGGACCUGCUGUCUCUAGAACACUGGGAACACAACUGUGUCCAAGCCCCAGAAUUCUCAGAGGUUCAGGGGUGAACAGGACAUGGUUUUGCAGAAGAGUUAGAGGGCAGGUUCUGUGUUUGCAGAGACCUGGCUCUCCCUUUUAUCCCAGAUUUGUAGCCACAGUGCCCAUCAAGCACAGGAACUGCAGGAGAGCUUUAGCCUUGUGCUCAGGCCCUGCUCACAGAGCGACAGUGGGUUUCCCAUGAUGAUAAAUCCUGUGUUUCCUGCUGUUUCCUGGCACAGAAUCUAAAUCGAAUGGGAGGGGAGCCUUUAUUUUGUAUUAGUUUUUCAGCCUCUUUUCAGUCCCUUCCUCUUGUGUAUCAUUUUCCCUUUUGAUUCUACAAGUUUAUUAAAUGGAGAAAUGAACUCUUCUGGUAGCAUCCUUUCAGAAAAAGACUAACACACAGUUUUGCUUUGCUGCAUUUUUUUUGCCUGUCUAUCCUGUAGUUUAGCACAUGUUUGGAUGUUCUUAAAGACAUGUAUUAGGGGUGGUUGUGGUUAUCUUCUGACACUUUCUUUUUGUCCUUGAACAAGUACUGCUGAAAUUUACACAAUUGGUUUCUGUUGACUACAAGUGGUUGAAUAUUCCAUUUCUAUGAGAACAUGCCUUAAGUAUUCUGUUGAGUUUUUCUACUUAAGCAUCUUGUAAUUUUGCUUGCCUUCUUUCCUUUUCUGUUGAAGAACAUAAUUUUUUUCUUUCUUUGCCUGAACAGCCUGACCUUACAAUCUAACUUUUUUUUUUCCCACUCAUGAACCUCAGAUCUUUGGUGAGCUUUCUUUUUAACAUAUACAUUAACCCUUGUUAAAAAAAUGUCAUUCCCCAUAAAAGUCCUUUGUUAAAGGCUGUUAAACCUAACUUUUUCUUGAGGAUGUUAAAACUACUUUUAUUUAUGAUUCACCAAGGGUCACUGAAAAGAACAAGUUUUCAUUAAUUUUUUCUUUAACAGUAGUCAUUUGUACAAAAAAAAAAGUUUUUAAAAAGCAAAAGUCUUUUCAGGUACUCAAUUAUGCAGGAGUAUAUAGCUGAGAAACUACUUCAUCCAAACAGUAGUUUGAAUUCUGAUAAAUUAUUCAGAGUUUUAUUCAGAUCCAUUAGAAUGAGUCAGGAUUGCAGCCAUUCUACUGAAAGAUAAGAAGGAAAAUAUAUUAAAAAUAUGGCAAAAAAUAACUUCCUUACUUGUCAAAUGAUUUACAGUGAUCUUUAGUAUUUCACAUUGAGUAAGCAAACUUCAGAACCUGGUACUGUACACUGAGUUUAGUAAAAUCCUUGCUAAAAUUUUUGUUUAAUAACCAACAUGUUUGGAUGUAAUACCAUUGUAUGACAGUGAUGCCAGACUCCAGAAACCACUGGCAGUACCGUUAACUUCUUCCAGGAUCCUAGCUCCAUGGGAAAUCCAGUGCCAGAGAAACCAUAAGAGGGACAUGUCCCAAUUCUGGCCACUGACAGUGGGACCUCAGUAGAGCUGUGAGAGGUGAAUGCAGGCAAGAGAAAUUGCAUUUGGCUCUGGCACCACUUGCCCUGACUUAAAACCACACUACAAAAAAGCAGGGUUUUGUCCAGUUCAUCCUGACAGACAACCUGAGAAUGAGGCUGAUAUUCCCCAGAGCCACAUCAGGGCAGGGACUCCACAGUCAGGACAAAGCACUUGUGGACUUCUGAGGCAAACACAGGCUUUGUGUUGCUGAAGGAAGAUGCUGAAAGAAAGAGAAUAAUUUGACCCUCAAAAGUUGACAUUUAAAAGCUUUGGAACAUAGAGGGGGGUCAUAUCUGAUAUAUUUAGAAAAUGAGUCAGGCUUGAACGCUUGCCACUCUGCAUAGAAAUGCUCUUGGAUGUACAAAUUUCUAAUGAAAUAAAUAAUGACAAGUGGUAUAUAGAGCAGUCUGAACUGGUUUCAGUUGAUUUGAAAAACAACACAGAAUUUUUAUAUCAGCUCUAGAAGUUAAAAAUGCUUUGUCUUUCAUACUAGAUUUACAGUUAGAGAAGCUGGUUGUCUCCAAAUAGGAGGUGAGUUCAGCUCUUCAUCUGUUAGUGUAGGAUAUUGUCAAAGUCAGCAAACCUGUUGGUACUACACAAUAACAGCACAACAACAAAGAAUGUUUCCUUCUACAGACGAGACCUACACACGUUUGGGAAUCAAAAACCGUACAAGGAGAAAUACAGCUGCCUUUAAGCAAACCAGCUUUGUAAACAUGGCAGACUAUAAUAUUUUAGCUUUUACCCUGAAUGUGAAAUACUUCAUUUGAACAUACCAAUAAAUACAGCCCUGUAUCUGUUCUUACAGAAUUGCACAUUGUCUGCAGAACAGGUGUAACAACAUAUUUAUGUCUUAAUACAGGUAGACUGAAGAAGUGCCCAUUUCUGAUUUCCCAAUUCUGUGGCACAAACAGGGCUCUUUAUUUUCAUUUUGCAAAUGCCUGUAUGCUUAAAAGCUGCACCUGCAGCACUUACCAUUUUAAGCCUCUCUUUCUGCUUUAAAUACUGCACUUAUUUUUAGUGAGGUGGUGGUGAAUCAUCCCUAACCGUUCUCACAGGCCACCAAAUCACUGCCUGCACACAUGCUGCAGUCCAGGACACUGCAGCAAUCACAAGUUGCUCAUCAAGCUGUGAGUUGUGCCUUGAAAGUGCUGAGGACACAAAGGUGCCUCUUGCGUGUCAUUUGAGCACAGGGAGCAACAGGAUUCUGUGUUCAGUGCAUUGCCACCUCUUCUGCCACUGCAUCUUGCCUUCAAUAACACGACUUACCCUGCCUGGAGAUUGAGCUCACUGAAACUGGAUUUAAAAAUUCUGAAGUCUUUCUUUCAUCCCAUAUUCUUGCCCUGUCUUCCUUCUUCCAUCAUACAUUAGAUCUUUACCUAAAGACCAACUUUUCAAAAGAAAUUUAUUUCCUCAUUGUGCCACCCCCAUAGAAUAAAGUUAUGACUACUUAAGAUUUAGACUAAUCCUUUCUACACAGCAGCUUCAUUCUAGAGUAAGCUUACUUAAAACUAGCUUCUCUUGUAAGCCAGGUUCAGUUUAGUUUAAUUUUAGACUAGCUUAAAUAAAUACAGGAUUGGUCAGAGGACUUUCAGAGGGUCCACAUUCUGAGUUGUCAGCAGGUUUUCAAGAGCACAGCCCACCUGAAAUCCUGUCUGUGAGCAGAAUGCAAGGAUGCUGCCACAUAAAUGAGAAACACCCUUUACAUGUGUUCAGCAUUCAAAAGUACAGUCAAACCCCACCCUGUGCCUUUUUAUAAGCCUGCCCAACACAUUCAAAUUUCUCAGAUCAGUUUUACCUAUAAAAAAACCAGUUUUAAUCUUGCAGAUAGCACGUUAGGAACUUCAGGAGCAAAAGUACUGCUGUGAUUCUUAUAUAGGGUCUGCUGACAGGUGUUCAACAGCAAAACUCACCUGCUCUGUGACAGUUCCCAUGUCUGGACUCUAAAUAUCUUUGAAUACAAAGAUACAAAACUUAGCUGGAGCAAAAUCCUCAGCAGCUGGACCCAGUGGCAAAUUUCUCAGCCACCUCAGGGGUCUGGAUGAUUUCUUAAUGCUGGGAAUGAGUGACACACACAAUUCCUUAUAUCUGUAUCAUGAGUUCAAGGAGUUGCAUUUUUUCCAUAGUUUAAAACCACCAAUUGACAGGAAUGGGAGUAAUUGGAGGAGUUCUUACAGAAUCUCAGUACUUUGGGACUUUAAGGAAGUCGUUUUCUAGAAUGAAAGACUGUUGUAAGCACUUGAGAAAAUGAAUAUUUUGUCUUCCAGAAGAAUUUAUGGAAGAAGGGAAAUUUCUAUAAGGUACUAUGAACUUACUCCUCAGCAAGAGACUUGGAUUCAGAGACAAGUCUUGUGUUUUAUCUCUCAUCUGAAUAGAAGCAGAGUGGAAAAUAAACAAUGUCAAAAAUUGUUAUCUAAGGAUCUGAAUAUAUACAAUUCCAGUUCGUUAUUUCAUUUAUUUAUUCUUUCAUCAUAAAGCUUUUAAUCUAUAAAAUUAAUAUGUAAUAUACAAGAGUAAAAUGUACAGAAGUACCUUUAGAUCUAAUCAUUUAAACCAUCUGUAUUCAGAGAGCAGAGAUAACAAGUUUAAAGAUAUACAAACAAUUGCAAUUCAAUUUUCUCAAUAUCUAGAAAAAAGUGGCUUUGAUUAAUUAAACGUUAUUUUAAUUAUUGUGAAAAUAUCUUUUUUAGAGUUUGUUUUUGUUACUUUCUUAAUUAAAAUUAUUUUGUAAAUAUUGUUUUCUAUGUUUUAUAACUUAGGCCAUUAAUUUGCAUUGAGAGCAGCAGGGUCUCAACAUGUUGAUUACAAAGAUACUUUAGGAGACUGAGGUGGAUGUGAGGCAGUUGCCAGAUUUAUCAUUCCAGAUUACAGAGCCUCUUAUUUCUUCAGUCUCACUGACAUGACAGGAAGAGUUUUCUGGGGCACUUUAACAUUCUAAUUUAAACAGAAUUGACUAUCAAGUGUCAUUCUAAAGUGCUUCCCACUUUCAUAACAUAAAAAGAAUAUGUAUUUUAAAGUUAGUGCUGGUUCUUCUUCUAUUGUUAGGAUAAGAAACAACACAGAACUCAGAAAUAAAAGGAAUUUAAUAGAUUACACACAUGCAUAGUGGAAAGACAAGGAAAGCUGUGGGAUCUCUAUGCUUGUAGGGAGCAGUGGAAGUGAUAAAACCUCACAUUGGAUCAGAUCACAGAGGCUUUUUUAGCCAAAACCACUAAGCCCAGUGGUACUUUCACCUGCAAAGUACCAUUAAAAAAGUUCAUUAUGAUCAUAUCCAGCACCAGUUUAAGUAGGAAUUUCUGGCAGGCUGGAUUUCAGGAGGAAGCACACAGGAUGUAAUACUGGUUUCUACAUCAAUUUGCUUCAUGUAAACCACUGCACAGGAGUGAGAUUUUAAACUAAACUGUUGUAGAUGCUGCUGGGACUUCUAAGCUUUAUUACCAAUGUAAAUUGUGUACAAACAACUAUUUCCAUAUGAAAUGUACAAUAAUAGUUUAGAGCAAGGGUAGUGAAUAACUGCACAAAAUUUGAUUUUGAUUUAGAAAAUAAAAUACAGUGCUAAGCUUUACCAAUAUUUUAACAAUUCUGUCAGAUUUAUAGUAGAAAAUGUUGUUGUAAAUGUACCUUACAAGAAAAUACAUUUCCUUUUGCCUUUGUAUAUUAAUAGCUUUGAUUUCUAUGUCAAAGUUAAAAAUUAAGCAUGUAAUAAAAUUUUUGUUAAGAUCACUUUCAUAUUAAACAUAAAAUGGAAUGGGUA